GUAUUAGAUGUUACUUUUAUUGAUGAAAAUGAACUGGUAGAUGAAGAAUUUCCACCUGAUGUUUCUACUGGAGUUAUACAGAAUAUAUUAGGUAGGACCUUUAAUCAAUCCCAAGAACACUGGUUGAAAACAACAUGUACUCUAUUGCAGGAAAAUGAACUAUUAGAGUGUAUUUAUUGGAGGAAGGGAGCGUUGUUAUAUAUGUAUUGUAAAACAAUAGAAUCAGAUACAUCUAGAAUUAAAAACAAUCUUCAACAGUAUAAACAGUAUUUAGUUAUUGGUGUAGAGAAUUUAAGAUGUAUGUUAGAAACAAGAGAACCUGUAGAUAUUGAUAAAGAUACAGAAAGUCAGAAUGAUGAUACUCUUCAUUUAAUACAAUCAGGUAUUUAUUCAGAUACUCACCUACUUAGUUUAGUAUAUGCUGGUGAAAUGUGUUAUUGGUUGAACCACUGUGAUAAACUAGGUUAUUUUCAAACUGAGGAGAUAGAUUAUAGAGAUAUAGGAGAGACCUAUCUAUGUCGCUAUUUACAAGUUGUUAACGGACCUUUAAAACACCAGGGUUGGAACACUGACAGUGCUCAAACUAUGUUACAAAGUUUUAAAUCCUAG